GUUUGCUUGGUCUCUCUUCAUAUUUGUCUUUUUGUCGGUGAUUCUUUUUCUCGUCUUUUUCAAAAGAGCCGGUGGUCUGCAAAUAAUUGUCUCUUUCUUUUGUAUCCUACCCAAUUUCUGCAGAUCUAAUCCCCAGUCAGCAUGUCGCAUACUCUGUCGCAAAAAUAUCUUAGCACGCGGGGUGCCUCUUACGGACUCUCCUUUGAGGAGGUCGUCCUGAAAGGUCUGGCCUCUGAUGGCGGUCUCUUCAUCCCCGAGGAAAUCCCCUCCCUCCCCGCUAAUUGGGAGUCCGAAUGGCACGAUCUGAGCUUCGAGGACAUCGCGUUUCGCAUCAUGUCGCUCUACAUCUCCGAGUCCGAAAUCCCCCGCGAGGACCUGAAGGACAUCAUCCGCCGCUCCUACGCCACCUUCCGUCACCCUGAACGCACUCCCACCAUCGAAUUGGACGGCAAGCAGAACCUCCACCUGCUCGAGCUCUUCCACGGCCCUACCUUCGCCUUCAAGGAUGUCGCGCUUCAGUUCCUCGGUAACCUGUUCGAGUACUUUCUUGUGCGCAAGAACCAGGGCAAGGAGGGCAAGGACCGUCACCACCUGACUGUGGUUGGAGCUACCAGUGGUGAUACUGGCUCGGCUGCCAUCUACGGUCUGCGCGGCAAGAAGGAUGUUUCCAUCUUCAUCAUGUUCCCCAAGGGCAAGGUCUCUCCAAUUCAGCAGGCUCAGAUGACCACUGUGCUUGACGCCAACGUGCACAACCUUACCGUUGAGGGCUCCUUCGAUGACUGCCAGGACUUUGUCAAGGCCCUCUUCGCCGACCCGGAGCUCAACUCCACCCACAACCUGGCGGCCGUCAACUCCAUCAAUUUCGCCCGCAUCCUCGCACAGAUCUCGUACUACUUCUACUCCUAUCUCUCCCUCACCAAGUCUCACUCCUUCAACAAGGACGCCAAGUUGCGCUUUGUUGUCCCCUCUGGUAAUUUCGGCGACAUCCUCGCCGGCUGGUUCGCCAAGCGCAUGGGUCUCCCCGCGGAGCGCCUGGUCAUCGCGACCAACGAGAACGAUAUCCUGGACCGCUUCUUCCGCAGCCAGGGCGCCUACACGAAGAACGACGCCAACGGCACCGGCGUCAAGGAGACCCACAGCCCGGCCAUGGACAUCCUGGUCAGCAGUAAUUUCGAGCGCCUCCUCUGGUUCCUCGCCUACCAGAGCAGCGACGCCGAGUCGGCCGACGCCCGCCGCAAGCAGGCUUGCGACAGCGUCAGCGGCUGGCUCCAGCAGCUCAAGACCGAGGGCGGCUUCCAGGUCUCCCGCGCCGUCUUCGAGGGCGCCCAGGCCGAGUUCGAGUCCGAGCGCGUCAGCAACGACGAGACCAUCGCCCAGAUCCGCCACACCUACAAGACCUCCUUCCCCGCCAACCUGGGCCCCGGUAGCGCCAAGAGCUCCAAGACCGGCGGCUACAUCCUCGACCCCCACUCCGCCAUCGGCGUCGCCGCCGCCCUGCGCUCCAUCCAGCGCAACCCCGGCACCGUCCACAUCUCCCUCUCCACCGCCCACCCGGCCAAGUUCGCCAGCGCCGUCGACCUUGCCCUGCGCGCUGAGGACGGCUACGACUUCACCGAGGUCCUGCCGCAGGAGUUCAUCGGGCUGGAGCAGCGGGAAAGCCGCGUCACCCCCGUUGGUCCUGGCGCCGGCUGGCAGCAGGUCCGCGAGAUCGUCAAGGCCGAGGUCGAGCAGGAGCUGGAGGGUAAACGGUAGUUUGUACUUAUCUCCAAAAAGAACACUACCCUCCCUUCCCCAAAAAAGGCAAAAAGGAUCUUCGCAUUGCAUAUACUCUCUCCCAUCAUUACCACCACUAGUGUACCAAAUCUUGUUCUUCCAUUGUGGUACAUUCCAUACAUCCGACGACCACCCCUCCUCCUCACUUGACGUAUUUUUCUUCUUCUGUUAUACUCAUCUAUUUUCUCUCCUACUUGUGAUAUCAUAUGCCACUCGUCAAUAGAUAUAUAAGAUCACGACUCUUCUUUCCUCCCGCCUAUGCCCCGCGCGCUAGAUCCCCGUCAGUUCUAUAUAAAUCGUUUCUAGUCUACAAGGAAUACAAUGC